GUUAAGUUCGUUCGUGUGUGCGUCACAAAAUUAUUCAGGAAUUUCCAAUAAUAACACGGCUUUAGUUGUUGUAUUUUCCAGAACGGCUUUGUAAACAACUUUAUCUGCCGCAAAAAUGAAUGUUAGACUUAUAUCCGGGUAGCAGUUAAAGUGCAGUGCUAUUAUUCGCGAUUGUUAUGGCAGAAGAUUGUACUGUAGUGCGAUUUUCAAGAGAUUCCUCUCUUGCAAAAAUCGAAAAUUUGAAACAGGGAGAUAGCCCGGAUAAAUUUUCAGAAUGCGGCCGUUUUGGACCCUUUUACGUUGUUUGUAUUGGUCUAUCGAUCAUAACCUAUGUCCUAGAUUUAAUACUAGCUUGUAUUUUAUUAUACUUUUAUUCUAUUAACGGUUAUGGGUUAUAUUUCGCACUUACGUUAACGUUUCUUGUUAUUCCCGCAAUUAUUAUGACUACAGUUAAUUUACGAUGGUAUAUUGUAGACCAUGACGAUCCCACCUUAGACCGUAUCUCAGUGUCGCAAUGGAUCAUCAGAAUAAUAUUUCUUUUGCUCCAACUGUCUCCUCUUUUGAGGUACAUAGAUACACUAAUUUACGGUAUCCGAAGCAAAAUAGAAGCCUCUACUGGUAAUGAGGCUAAACAAACCCUUUUAUAUCGACGGAUGUUGGACGAAGACACGAAUAGUGCCCUUUUGAGAUUGUUCCACUGUUUUUUACAUGCUGCUCCUCAAGCCAUAAUACAAUUGGUCAUUUUGCUCAGUCAUGUUGCUCAUCCAGAAAAACCUAAUUUAAACAUAAAUAUAGCAGUACUACAAGCAUGGACUGUCUUGGUAGCCCUCAUGUCAAUAGCUUGGUCGUUAACUUCUUAUCACAGAUCAGUACGUUAUGCCAGGGACGACAAAGACAAAAUGAAGUGGCCAGGCAUCCUAGUUGCCUUUUGCUGGCAAUUGAUGAGUGCAUUGUCCCGAGUCCUAGCCUUAAGUCUUUUAGCUUCAAUAUUCCCUGCCUGGAUGGGCUGCGUCUGCGCGUUACACUGGGGUGUCAUGUCCGUAUGGCUUGCCUUGGGCCAACAUCAAACAGCAGCGUGUGGCAGCCGAUGCGAGGAAUUGCUUCUCUCAACAGCCUUAGGUCUGGCAUAUGUAUUGGCGUUUAUAUCUCCACGAGACGGACCCACACGUUACGUCUACCUAGCUUAUUAUUUAGUGUGCUUUAUGGAAAACACAGCAGCACUGGUAGUAUGGUGUAUGGUUACUAACAAUUCUGAACUCAAUCCCAUGUUGUACUAUGGGGCAGCUGGGGGACAGAUAGUCACAUUUUUACUUGGUAUCAUAUUUCUACUUGUUUACUACAAUUGUUGUCAUCCUUCUAAAAUGAACCGGUCGAAAAUUCCAAGUUUGGAUUCCGAUUUUUUGGAGUCUGAAAGGCCAGGUUAUAGCAAAUCAUAUAAUUUAAGAUCUCGAUCUUGAUCUUUGGUUUACGUCUAAAAAGACGUAAAAGGUAUAUUACAUAUGGAAGUUAUUGUUAUCUAUGCACAAGUGUUUAUUUCUGACCUUAAAUACAAUAAUUUUCAAUGCAAUUUUGUCGGUAUAUUGUUACAAUUAAAGAAUCAUGUUUAUGUUGGUUGGUCUGUAUGAAACAGACUUACUUUUCGUUGACCCCUUCAGCUGCGAUUGAAAAUGGCUGUAGCGUAGCAUUUAAUUGUGCAUUAGACGAAAUGGAAGUUUUUUCCAAAAAUUGAAUAUAUGUACUGACGUAACUAAAUGAUCCCCGCUCUGUUUUUAUAUUUUUGUCAAGAUUUUAUAAACUUUUGAAUAUAUUAUAAUCAUAUGAAUACAUUUACAUACGAUAUUCAUAAAUAUCGUAAAAGAAUUUAAUGACAAAUAUUCUAAAACGUAAAAUAUAAAGGUGCGUUGAAAUUCAUAAAUUUUUAUAUUGAUAUAUAAAUGAAUUUAUUCUGACUUAUUGAACUUACGAGAAAAAGAUCCAAAGAUAUUAAAAUUGUAAUUGAAUAUAAAUAAUAUAAUAAUUUAAUUAUUUCAAAAUUGCAAUGUACAGUAAAGGAUUGCUGUAGUUGGAAACAAGAACUAGCAUUGAUUUCCUCUACAUGGCUACUUCAAGGCGUAAUAAGAAGAAGAAUGGAUAUCGAACGACAUGAUUUUUUUUAAGGAAAAAUCAAAAGGAUUAUGACAGAUUUAUUGUACAAUUAACAUUUUUUAUUUCUCCUGCUUAAAUUUGUUGCAAGUUUUGGUGAUAUACUAGGCCAGGGUAAUAAGACAAAAAUAUACCCUGUUCGUGACACUUCAGUGGCCAGGCUUUCGUAGGCCAGGGUACUGAAGCGUUUUUUCGACAAGUAAUACCUAUAGAAACAAAUUGUAACUAUUUCCUGCGUAGGACCUGGUGGCCAUUUUUAUUUAUAAACAAUUAACUGUCAAAAAAUGGCAUUUUUCUCUUUUUUUUUCAAAUCAAUGAAAAAAAGUAAAACUUAUGGUUUUUUUAGUACAAAUUUCUUUGAGAUUAUGGAAAAAGCUUUAAAAUGACAUAUUACAAAGUUUGAUAUACUCAUUUAUUGUUAAUAUAAUUUCGAAAAAAGGUCGGAAUUGCAAAAAUAAUUAUUUUCGCAAUAACUGCUGUAAAAAUUAGUGUACAGGUUUGAAAUUUUUGUCAAAUGAGGGUUCUUUGGUGCUUAAUAUGUGAUAAAAAUUUCAAAGCGAUUCAUUCAAUUGUUUAAAUUUUAUUCGCAUUGUUUAUCUCAGAGAGCAUUUUUUUUGCAAUAACAUGU